UCAAAUGCUAUGGGUUUAUUCUCAGACAUUGAGAGUCUUGACCUGACAGACGGCGAGAAAGCAUGUCUGAAGGCGUAUUUCACACAAAAUUCUACUCAGAAGGAAGACGCAGUUGAAGCUCUUGCAACCAUUGCCAUUGAUAGUGGGUCUACUG